AUGGCUCUAAAAGCUCUUGUGGGUCAAAAGAUCAUGAAUGAAGUAAUUCGCUAUAGGCCAAAGGGAAAAGAUAAUCAAAAGGUAGAAUGGAGGAUCCUAAUUGUAGACCAAUUGUCAAUGAGGAUGGUGUCUGCAUGCUGUAAAAUGCAUGACAUUUCUGCUGAAGGAAUUACUUUGGUAGAAGACAUUCACAAGAAGAGGGAACCCUUAUACACCAUGGAUGGCAUUUACUUGAUAACUCCCUCUGAGAAGUCUGUGCAUGCCUUAAUAAAUGACUUCUCUAUUGGAAAUCGUAUUAUGUACAAGGCUGCUCAUGUGUUCUUCACUGAAGCUUGUCCUGAUGUACUAUUUGAUGAAUUGUCCCGUAGUCGCGUAGCUAAGUUCAUCAAAACAUUAAAGGAAAUCAACAUAGCUUAUAUACCUUAUGAACAACAGUCCACAGCAGCCAGAAAAAUUAAAACAUUGAAGGAAAUUAACAUUGCUUUCCUACCAUAUGAGAGCCAGGUAUUCUCAUUGGAUUCUCCGGAGACUUUCCAAUGCAUGUACAACCCAGCAUUGACGCAGACUCGUAAUGCUAACAUGGAGCGAAUUGCAGAACAAAUUGCUACUCUCUGCGCCACUCUCGGAGAGUACCCAUCAGUGCGCUAUCGCAGUGACUGGGAACGUAAUGUGGAGCUUGCUCAACUCAUUCAACAGAAACUUGACGCAUAUAAGGCUGAUGAGCCAACAAUGGGUGAAGGACCAGAAAAGGCCCGGUCCCAACUAUUAGUGUUGGACCGCGGCUUUGACUGUGUAUCUCCUUUGUUGCAUGAGCUCACCCUUCAGGCUAUGGCUUAUGAUCUAUUGCCCAUUGAGAACGACGUGUACAGGUAUGAAGCUUCCGCGGGUUCGAUGAAGGAAGUACUUUUAGAUGAAAACGAUGAACUUUGGGUGGAACUUCGUCAUCAGCAUAUCGCCGUGGUCUCCACCUCAGUCACCAAGAACUUGAAGAAAUUCACAGAGUCAAAGCGAAUGGGGGGAGGUGACAAACAAUCAAUGAGGGAUCUAUCGCUUAUGAUAAAGAAGAUGCCGCAGUACCAAAAAGAGUUAUCGAAAUACGCGACUCAUCUGCGGUUGGCCGAAGACUGCAUGAAGGUUUACCAAGGCUACGUCGACAAGUUGUGCAAAGUUGAACAGGACCUUGCCAUGGGAACUGAUGCUGAGGGUGAAAAGAUAAAGGAUCACAUGAGAAGCAUUGUUCCAGUGCUUCUGGAUCAGGCUGUCAAAAACUACGACAAGAUGCGCAUAAUCGCUCUAUACAUCAUGUCGAAGAAUGGUAUCUCUGAAGAGAAUUUGAACAAACUGGUGACUCACGCGCAACUGGAACCUUCGGACAAGCAAGCCCUGCUUAAUUUGGCUAACCUUGGACUGAAUGUGGUCGUUGAUGGCAACAGAAAGAAGCAGUACCAAGUUCCCCGCAAGGAGAGGAUUACUGAACAGACUUACCAGAUGUCGCGAUGGACUCCAGUUCUUAAGGACAUUAUGGAAGACGCUAUCGAUGACAAAUUGGACCAACGUCACUUCCCAUUCCUCGCUGGACGUGCUCAGACCUCGGGAUAUCAAGCACCUACUAGUGUACGCUACGGUCAUUGGCACAAGGACAAAGCGCAACAGACAGUCAAAAAUGUACCGAGACUUAUCGUUUUUGUUGUUGGAGGUGUAUGUUUCUCAGAGGUGCGUGCCGCCUAUGAAGUGACUGCCGCUCUCAAGAACUGGGAGGUCAUCAUCGGAUCCUCUCACCUCCUUACGCCCGACAACUUCCUCUCAGACCUCAGCUCUCUCACUGCUUAA